CAGGUAGUCAAUAAGAAAAACCGGUUCGAACCGGUUUUUCGAAAUAUAGCGGUUCCAGUCGGUUUUUCCUAACCGGAGGAGUCAGAACGUUAAUACGGUGAAAAACAACCGUCUGAAACCGCGGUAAAUGAUAACUUCCGUUUUGUCCGGUUCUUCCUAACCGCAGGAGUCAGACCGUUAAUGCGGUGAAAAAAACCGCUCGAAAUCGCGGGAGUUCAUGGGGAAUUUGAUUUUGCGGCAAAAUCAAUUUUAGGAUUAAAUUUCGAGAAUAUCCAGACUUUCCCUGAGUCAAUAAUCGAUUUCACUAAACGAUUGCAAGCAUAAACUGUAUGAAAACUAUAGUCUUAAGCAACUAUGUGUGUAUAUCAAUCCUGAAACGCAUAUAAACUACGGAUCACAAAGUCGUAUUUCAGCUUAAUGAUAUUACCACCGUCAUGGCAAUGAGAAUUCCAACAAAAACAAAAUAUCGUAGUAGUCUGAUCCUUUCAACCUUUUAGCUCAACUAUUCAAAUGAUAUCCUUUCGAAAUCAGACUGUUCAUCUCGUGCAGUUAUUGCAUUAUAUUAGCAUUCCCAUCGAUGUGGUCAUUGUGGCCAUUGCGGUCAAUGUGGUCAAUGUGGUCAAUGUGGUCAUUGUGGUUAUUGUGGUCAAUGUGGCUUCAGAUUUAAGCAGUCUCAAUAAUUCUUGUGGUCAAUGUGGUCAUUGUGGUCAAUGUGGUCAAUGUGGUCAAUGUAGUCAAUGUGGUGAUUGUAGUCAUUGUGGUCAAUGUGGUCAAUGUGGUCAAUGUGGUCAAUGUGGUCAAUGUGGUCAUUGUGGUCAUUGUGGUCAAUGUGGUCAAUGUGGUCAAUGUGGUCAAUGUGGUCAAUGUGGUCAAUGUGGUCAUUGUGGUCAAUGUGGUCAAUGUGGUCAAUGUGGUCAAUGUGGUCAUUGUGGUCAUUGUGGUCAAUGUGGUCAUUGUGGUCAUUGUGGUCAAUGUGGUCAUUGUGGUCAUUGUGGUCAAUGUGGUCAAUGUGGCCAAAAUAAAGUCCUCAUAAAAUAUAUAG